AUGUUUUCAUUGUCAUCCUUUUUUGUCAGGGAAAACCCAAGAAUGGAAGGAGUAGAGGUGGCAUUACCAGGUCAGAUCAACUUAAAUAUUCCAAGAUGGGAUCAGUCCACCUUCUGGGGAAGAUUCAGACAUUUUCUUGCCAUAACAGACUGGAGGAAAGCUAUUCACACUAAUGCAGAACUUGAUGAGGCAAAAGAAGUUGUUGAAGCUUAUGAGUAAGUUUUAGAAGUAUGCAUACUAACCAACGGUGGGGAAAAAUCAAAUUUACUGGAUUAGUUAAGCAUGUUGACUUGUUCUCUGUAGGUCUGUUCAGGGCUCCUCCACAUUGAAUUGUUUCCUUAGGCAAGGAACUUUGAGGGACUACUGCAUAGACCAGUUUAGUAGUGUGACCUCCACAGCCUCUAGGUGUGGUGUUAGCCUCAGGGCUAGUGACCCUGUCCUGAGGCCCUGCCAAGGGGGCGGGGGGGGGGGGGUUCCCAUGUUGUCCGUCUGAAUUUUAAAACGUCUCGUGUCGGUGUUUAUAAAUGUUUGUCGCUUAUUGUCGGUUUUGCCGUCACUGUCGCAGUUUGGCCGAGGGAGGUUGUCUCUUGUCGCAAUUUCAUUUUACUCGCUGUCGCUACUUUUUGGGCCAUGUUGCUUGUCGGAAUUUACCCUGGCAGGGCCUCCUUCUUUAACCACCCUUAGCUUUAGAGGCCUUAUUGAAGGCUACUGCUGAUAAGAUGUUUUUCACUGAACAUGAAUUCAUCCCUGAUUUCUGGUCAGACAGGGUAAAGUAUCCAAUUUAUCCAUUGAUGAUCUGUGGCAUGCAAAGCAUCUAGUGGACUCUGCAUUCCACCCAGACACUGGUGAGCGGAUGAAUUUCUUGGGCCGCAUGUCUUUCCAGGUCCCAGGAGGGAUGGCAAUAACAGGAGCAAUGCUUCAGUGGUACAGGUCUGUAUUAAAGCCAUUUUGGAGUUCUGCUGAAACUCAACAUCAAUGAUUAACUUGUUUUUCUGUGUAAAAUCUGUUGCCAUUUUGAAUGUCACAACUUUGGAAAAUUAAUCACUUCAGCAUUUUUUUAGAAGGAGAAGUCAGUUGAAUGUCAGGCACUAAUAGGCAAAUGACAUUUUGAAACUCAUAUGCAUUACAUUACCAACGACAAAGGAAAAUAUUAUUUACAAAUUUAUGUAAACCACAACUUUAUACAAUCACCAUGAACAUAAUUUAUGGUCAACUGAGAUCUUAAAGUUACACUUGUAUGCUCAAAAUUUAAAAGAGAUGGACAUGCCUUCAUCUGAAUUAACUGUUUAGUUACAUACUUAACAAUAAACCACCUCUUUUUAACAGGACUGUUCCUGCAGUAGUAUUUUGGCAGUGGAUAAAUCAAUCAUUCAAUGCGUUAGUCAACUACACCAACAGAAAUGCUAAAUCAACAAUAACUGGAAAGUAAGUGUCAAGCAAUUACUUAAAAUUCUAGUGCUCACAGUAAAGGUUAGCUGACAGGUUAACUCAACACUGCGUUCUAAGGAAAAUUGAAGGGAGCCCAGUGCUCUAAACCUGUAAAACAUGUGUGAAAAAAGUAAGAUUUUCUAGUUGCCCAAGAGCAAAAGUUUGGUGCCAGGGGCCACUGGGCGCUGCUAGAGCACAGCCCAAGGUUUAAUAACUGUAAUGGCAGUGCCCAAGGGUUAGAGGCUUUGAGUUAUGAGUUGAUGGUGGAUUCAGUUUUUAAGUGCAACAACCAAGACUUCUAAAAUGUGUAUUUUUUGGGAUGCAUUCACCCUUUUUUGACAUUAAUUUACAAAGUACAUGUUAAGUAAAUGUGAAAUUUGGCAUUUUUCCUUCAAGAUAUGCACUGAAAGUAAUGGUCUAAAAUUUACUUUUCUUCAGACAAAUUGGCAUUGCUUAUGUAUCAGCAACCACCAGUGCUGUGGCAGUUUCAGUUGGUCUUAACAGUCUUGUGAAGGUAACUACAGUACAGUUAGUACAAUGUAUAGUAAAAACACUCAUAUUUUAUUGUUCCUUUCAAACCUAGGCUGAACUGUAGUGCCAACUCAGUCUCCUAGUAAUGACCCUCCUGUCUUGCGUCUCAUGGCUUCCCUGCAAGCCAUGCACACGCGUUCUGUAACAUCCCACUAACGUUAACCCUUUAAGCCCCAAUAUCCACAUACAAAUCCUCCACACUGAUAUUUAAAUAUUUCCUUAGAGAUGAGUUGAGAGAGUUUGAAAAAAGUUCAGAGCAUUUUCUUGUCAGGGUUCAUUUGAUUAAUAUUCUCGUAACCAAUAGAGAGGAGAAGUUGUUACGUCACGUUGUCAUGGUGGCAUCAUUUCUGGAUGACAACAAACCAAAAAUUCUUUUUAAAAGUAAAUUCGCGCUGUUUCAAGUUCAUCGAACUUAUUCAAUUUCAUUUGAUUUGUCAAAUGUUGGUGAAAUUUUCUGGAUUUAAUCUGAAAGGACCGUAUCUUAGUUUAGAAAAAGAAAAAGAAACUUUUUGUGCUGUGUUCACCCACUCUGUAAAGUGGGCGCAUUAGGGAGUUUAAUGUCGCAGUUGUGCAGCGAUGGCUAAGAAAUGUACAAAAAAAUUGUGAUGCAUGUGCAAAGUUGUUUCGCUAAUAUAAACCUAUUGAGGUUUUUUUGCUGUUCUCGUUACUAUUGCCAUCAUCAUUGCUUAAUCUCGGCCCUUUUGUUGUCAUCCAGAGAUUUGGAUACCAUGGUAACUUGACGUAACACUUCUCCUCUCUAUUCUCUUGACAACGCAUGCAUAUAAUAUUGUUAAGAGAAAAUUGAUGUUGGUCACCAUUGGGACUUAAGGGGUUAAAUACAAUGUAAGAGACUGCUUGCAGUCUGCAUGAGACUAAGUUAAGGUGAUAUCCUAAUGUUGACAUUUUAAUAUUACUAAACUUCAACUACAAGACCUACAUGUAAUAGGCUAGCAAGUAUUGAUUUGAGCCAUGUGCUCUUCAUGGAUAUGAUUUGGUAGGACAUGGCAAUUUUAGUGGAACAUUGCCUGUUGACUAAAAUUACUGUUAUUUGUAGCCUUGCUACACUGUAGCUUGCAUUAAGCAGUCAUUUCCAUAAACCUUUGCUCCUUACUUUCUCCCCCUGUUCUUUCAUGUCUCUGGCUCUUCUCUUUGUCUGGCUAAAAGAAAACAUUAACUACUCCUUUGCAGACUAGCUACACAAGGACCUGUAAUGCUUACACUCUCCUAAAACAAAUCCAGUGAACUUGUUGUUCAGCUUACAAACUCAUUAUGUUGUAUUUACUUUAUAUUGCAUUUAUUUUAGACUGCCCCUCCUCUCCUUGCUCGGUGGGUGCCCUUUAUCGCUGUUGCUGCUGCCAACUGUGUAAAUAUUCCUCUUACAAGGCAAAGGUGAGCCUACAGUGAGUGAAAAGAUAUCACAGUCAUUAUAUCUAAAAGCCAUUAUGCAGGGCUGUCAUAAAAUUUUAGAGCAGCCGCAGCAAGUAAAGAUUCACCCGUAACAUCUCCCAUAAAGUUUAUAGUGUCGCCUUUAUCUUCCCUCUUUAAUCACCCAUAAAAUCAAGUGUAGCUCAGCUGUAACAGGUUCGUGUGUUACUUUUCAAAUGGAUUGAGUGUCGCUAUGGCUUCAAUUUUUUUUGUCUUUAUCAGGGCUUUCAUUGAGGGCUGGGGAAUUCCUGCCGGAGUUGACCCCAGCUGCUUUCGUAGAAAAAUAGAAAAAAAGAAACCCAGUCAUUCAAAAUCUAAGCUAUGUCUUUGAGCACUGAAGUAUAAUAUUUUCCUUUUAAUUCCUGUAGAGAACUUAUAGAUGGUAUAGUUUUGUUUGAUGAGAACAAAAAUCCCGUGGGGAAAUCAAAGAAGGCAGCAGCAAAAGGAAUAACUCAAGUUGUUAUCUCCAGAAUCACAAUGGCAGCUCCAGGAAUGAGUAAGUUGAUCAACUUGUACUGUGAGUUUGUUACACGGGGAAGGUAAUUGCUAUUUAUGGGCUUUACAGGUAUGUGCCACUGUUAAGGGUAUGGUUUCCAAGCAGUUUAGUCUGGAAUUGGAUAUAGAAAUCAUAAAGUUUGGGUCUAGAAUAGGGUAUAAUUUUCCAGGGAACUGAUCAAUUGGUUGAAGAUUGUAGCCUCAAUUAGGGAAACUGGGAAUUGACACUUGAAAACAGAACAUUAAAAAUUCAAAUUUCCCCAUAACUUCGUUUAUAGCAAAGAAAGUGUUGCUAGAUGGAAAAUAGUGACUCUACAGCUGUAGCAUAGGGAGAGGUUUUGGUAGUUAAGUCUAGUAUAGGGUAGCAAAAUUCAGCUGAACUAGGUCUAGAUGGAAAAGCACAUCCCCACCCAAAAAUUCCCCCCCCCUGGGGUUUGUUACCACUGCAUCCUGCAUCCCUCAUACAUAAGAUUCACUUCACACAUCCUGUAGAUCCCCAGGGUGUUCAAUGACCUUCAAGUGAGAGCUCAGUGGGGAAGGGUACAUAUGCCAACUCUCUUGGAUUAUCUGGGAGUCUUUCGGAUACAGCACUGAUCUCUCACUCUCUCCCUUACGGGUCACCAAAUCUCCUGGAUAAAAUGGACUUUUGAGCUUUUCUUUGCCUAAGUUUGAAAUUUAGCCAAUUUUUUUCCUUCUCAAAAUUUGAAGUUUUUUUUUAUUCAUUGUACUGUUCCUGGGACCUUUUUGCAUUUCUCAUUUAGUCACUGACAAAGAUUAUUUUGUCUACAAUUUGAUAGUAUGUAUUUCAUGUAAGACUUCAUAUAAUGUCCUAAGCCAUUCCGGCGGGGUUCGGGAGGGGGUUGCUGGGGGUUGACAUUUGGGUACAAUAAAAAGAGCCUCCAGAUUUAAGAUCUCUCGAGGUUGGCACCUCUGGAAGUGAGGUGGGCGGGGGGGGGGAUGUUCCAGUAUUUUUUACAAACAGCAUACUUGCGGGAAAAAAGGAUUAAAGGAAAAAAGUAUUACACUAUACACUGUUAGUUAUGCUAUGAAGACUAGGGUAAGAUGGCACCAAAAAAAAUUGAAAUGUUCUCAGCAAUAACAAUAAUAUUAAUUUUUGUGAAAAAACCGUACACACUCCAUUUCCUGUCAGUGAAAGUUUAAGCUAGCAGUUUUUGUUUUUUAGACUCACGGUCACUAAUAAUCAGUCUCGUUAUUUCAGUUAUUGUACCCAUUAUUAUGGAGAAAAUAGAAAAAUACCGCUUCAUGCAGGUUAGUGUUUUUCCGAGAUCAUUUUUAAUACUUAACUGUUGAAACGGUGGCAAGGUUGUUUAGUGUGGUUCAUUGUACAUGUACCUGUGUAGCACAAAUUGUUAAGUAAUAUUUUGUACCAGUAUUUUAUUCAAUUAGAAUAAUUUAAUAAAAUAAUACAAUUACCAAAAGAAAUGUACAUAGCAGAUAUUACAUGGUCGCGUGGAGAUAUGGAAUUUUUCUUUAAUUGAAUACCAAACCACUUCACUUUAUGUUUGUUUGCUUUGAGAGAUGUAUUUUAUCAUGUAGCCACGUAGCAAAGGUGAUCUUUUCACAUGUUUUUGUCAUGUCAUUGGUGUUCAUAUCAUAUAAAAUAUAGAUCAAGUUUGUCUAUUAUAUGUUUUAACAGCGUAUUAAACCAAUGCAUGGGCCUCUUCAGAUGUUGCUGUGUGGUCUGAGGUAGGCAUUUGUAAUGAGCUAACUUCUUUAUAAUUGUGCUUGAAUAUUUUUAAUGCUCUGCUGAAUUUAUAAUAGUUUAUUAUGCACUUGAUAAUUACGUCUUACGAAACAGACAAAUACUGUAUGACUUUUAGAUGCAUAAGUCGAAAGGACAGACCCAUUCUGUGUAAAUAAUAAAUUUUGGACUUUGACAGAUGUUUCUGACCGUUGAUUAUCCUUAAAGAAUGCAGUGAAGGUUAACAUAAUGAAUGACUUGUUUCAUUAAUUUUAUGCUGAAUUUAUAAAUACAAUCUAAGGAUGUAAUAUCUUAACAUCUAUUUAAUAAUUCUGUUUUUGGUUUUUUCUUUUUUUCAAUACUUCUAGUUUGUGCUUCAUGGUACCUGCUGCGUGUUCAAUUUUUCCCCAGAGAUGGUAAAUGCUGCUUACUUAAUAUGUUUUUCCUUUCAAUAUUUAAAGACAAAAUGUUUUUGAUAUUCAAAUUUAUGUUCUAAACUUUAUGCACUAUUAUUUUGUAAAUUAAUAAAAUAAAUCUUAGGGGUGAAGAAGAAAUGUCAUGAUAGUACAUUCCUACUGUGCAUGAAUAGUUUAAAUAUUUUAUUGAAAUUACCUUCUUACAGGAAGGGGCUGAGAACGGUACUGUCCACUUUUGCAUGAAAUAUUGUUUUUGAUUCUGAGUCAUAAAGAAACACAUGUGGUCAUAGUUUGGAAGAAGGACAGAUGCACCAGAUAGAAGCUUUUGUAGUGUUAUUGGAUAUAGGACUCUGAGAUAAUAUAGAUCAAAGCAUCCAGGUUUUUGUCUUGCUGGAAUACUCUGGCAUUGAGCAGGUGUUGCACUUCUAAGUGGCAGGAAGGCGACGUGACAGGAAACACUCAGAUGAUCACGAGUAGCUGAAAAGAAUCAAAUCACAGAUAAUGACAAUGAUAAUGUCAGACGAAAAUGUUAAUUUGAAUUAAAAAACAUUCCUUUUGUGUAAACUUAGCCUGUAAAAAAAUUGCCUUGUUAAAAGUGGUCAAUUGUUAUUAUUAUCUGAAUUGCAGUUCCAUGUCUGUAGACAAACUUGAACCAGAGGCACAAGAAGCCAUUAGAAAGCAAUAUCCAGAACUCAAAAUAGUCUACUUCAACAAGGGACUCUGAUGUCUUAGUACUGUUAGAUAGAAUUUAUAUUCAGAUAAUGGUAAUGUAUUUUUAUUAACUAAAUGAAGUUGUUACCCAAACAUAUUAUAAUAAUUAUUCUUAUUAUGCAUCAUCAAACUAAGGAAAUCUACUCAGUUGGUUGAGAUUUAUCUAAAAAUUGUAAUGGAGUUUUCCAUAUGAUUUUCACUCAUUGUCAGUGUUUCUCCUGGUAUCAUGGAGUGGAAGUCACUUCAAAGCCUUCAUAGCCAUUGUUUUGUAUUGUAAGAUGGUAAUUGAAGUAAUAGACCCUUUCAAGUUUAAAGAACAGUUAGUGAAUAUCCAUAAUGUCCAAAGGUCUAUAAAUUGUUGUUUAGAUCAUGACAAAAGCUUCAGUAAUAAUAAGGAAAUUAUUAAAAUCAUUCUGGGAGAGACUAGACUUGCACUUGCUACUUUGUGGUGGUUGGACCUCUGCCCAGUGUUUGGUAUUUAGAUCAUGGGCCACACUUUGCUGCUGAGAUCAAGGUCUACAGUAUUGUGAGUUUAGGAUAUCAAGUAUACCAAAAG